AUGAGCUACAGCACAGACCGUCUCGAGAGGGGCCACUUGGAUAGUGAAGACAGCCCCCUCGACGAGGAUCACAGUGUGGAGAUGCAGAAUCCACUCAGCGUUGCGCCUGAACCCACGCUCGUCAACUUUAACAACAACGCUAACAACCCUGACCCUGGCGACUUCUCGGACGAUGAACCCAGCAGCCCAGAUUCGAACAAUUCCCCAUCGAGGAACAAUCCUUCAUUUCCCCCUUCUGGAGAUGGUGGCAGUGACCAUGGCUCCUCCAAGCAGGAUGACGAUGACAACGGAUUGGACCAGUCGUCGCAGUGCGGGUCUAUGGCAGCCACCAUGAGGCAUGAGCGGGCCGUGACGACAUUUAAAGGGGAUGAAGUAGAAGAUAGCGCGGAAGAACUCCCUCCAAAACGAGCCGACAUGGAGGAUGUAGACCUGGGUAGCACCAACCGUAUCAUGACGCUGCGCAAGACGAACGACAGUAGCAGCACCAACAACCAUAAUCCCGAGCGUGGCGGAAACGGUCUUAAAGAUGAGACUAGGACGGCCAUGGACCCAUCAACAGCGGAACCCUCGCCCAAUACGAUAGUGCCUGGGGAUGCGUCGCAGGUGGACGAAUUGAGUGAGAUGGAAUACAUCGCGGCCGACGGGUACGGUUUCGACUACGUGAUGGUGUUCAAACUAUCGAGAGUUGGGGUCAUGACCGACUACGCGACAGAAACGAUCAGGAAGAUCAUGGCCGCAGGCUUCAAGGUCCGGGUGUACUUGAGCUGCAGCAAAGAGGAGGUGUUCUGCGAGAUGCGGGCCUCGGUGGAACGCCUCAUGCAGUACGCUGACCAGGUGAACCGCAAGAUGCUCCUCGACCGCUUCCAGCUUUCCGAGGCAGCCGCAGCCGGAGACCCCGAGGCAAAAAUCGCCCCCAUCACGAUCAACAACGACCCGAACAUUUCCUUCAGGUCGCCGUACGAGUAUAUCUACGCCAGAUACGACCGUAGGCCGGAUCUUCAGCACCUGUACUACAAGAGCGACGGCAUGUGGCACCCGUUCAGAGCGGUGGUUCGGCUGUCGAUAAGCAUUGACAUCUUGAAGGCGCCCAUGUGCCUCGGCGGGGCGGGACUGCCCGUGGACAAGCUCAAGCUCCAGGGAAAAAUCCUCGCUCUUUUCCCAAAGCACUUCAAGCAGAACAAGCUGCGCCUUAGGAAUAACUGGCUCGUGGCCAAGCAGUGGCCGUGGGAAACGCCGUACGAACAGAUCAAAGAUUACUACGGCGAGAAGAUCGGGUUGUACUUCCACUUCUUAGGCCAUCUUACAACUUGGCUGAUUCCACUGGGAGUAGCGGGGCUGAUAACCGCGAUGACCGUGUACAUAUCGGGGAACGAGGAGCACGUGAUAACGCUAAUCUUCGCCCCCAUCGUCGUUUUCUGGGCAAUUGCCAUGCUGGAGUUCUGGAAGCGAAAAGAAAAGCGCGUCGCGUUGGAGUGGGGCAUGAUUGGCUUCGAAAAUGACGAGCAAGCCCGUCCGGAGUACAAGGGGGAGUUCAUCCCGUCCCCCAUCGACGGCAAAACCAUACUGUACUACCCUACGCACAAGAAGGCCUGGAAGUCCCGGCGGGCGACAGCCGUGAUCGUGUCAAUGGUCACCAUCGUCGUGGGAUGCAUCGCGGCCGUCUACGCCUUCAGGCAAGGAAUGUUUUGCGGUCUUAACUGCUUCCACUUGCACACGUUGGUACUUCAUACUGCUGCUCUUUCCUCACGUGUUGGAGGUAGUGUUGGCUUGUACAUGUCAUGCUUAAUGAUGGUCUCUCUUCGCAGGUGGUACCUGGUUUACGGGACCUCUGGUGACUGGGGCGAACAGUGGGGCGGCAUAGUGACAUCGGUGAUCAACUCUAUCCAGAUUCAAGUCUUGAACGCUGUCUAUAAGAAGGUUGCUGUUGCUCUGACUGACUUCGAGAAUCAUCGCACUUCUACCGAGUACGAGGACUCACUGGUGUCCAAGCUCUUCUGCUUCACUUUCUGCAACUCGUACGGCGGCUUCAUAUACCUGGCGUUCAUCGGGGAGCCGGUGAUCGGUGUCGCCUGCGAGAAGAGCUGCAUGAGCCUGCUCGCGACCAACCUUACCAUUGUCUUCGUCGUACAGCUGGUGGUGGGCAACCUGACGGAAGUGCUCAUCCCGUUCAUCAAGUACACGAUGAGGGUCAAGACUGAGAAGCGAGGCGACGGGUACGGUCACGAUGGUGUCCCUGUAGUCAGCGGCAAGAACAUCCAGCGCACGCAGGCCGAGAAGGGGCUCUACCUCGAGCAGUACGACCCGAUCAUGGGUGCCCUGAUGGACUACGCCGAGCUGGCCGUGCAGUUCGGCUACAUUACCCUGUUCGUCGUGGCCUUCCCGCUGGCCCCCCUCCUCGCCCUGGCGAACAAUUACGUGGAGGCGCGCUCGGACGCCUUCAAGCUGCUCACUCAGAUGCAGCGCCCGGUGCCGCGCGGCGCCGAGGACAUCGGGAGCUGGCAAGGCGUUUUCACGACCAUCUCUUGUAUCGCAGUCGUGACCAACUCCGCUCUGAUCUGCCUCAUCUACGAAGAUCUCGUCGGCGAGUACAGCUUGGCCACCAGGCUGUGGCUCUUCAUCCUCUUCCAAUGGCUAGCCUUCAUCUUUAUGGCGGGGUUGGGUGCCACAGUGCCGGACGUGCCCGAGGACGUGACCAUACAGCAGCAAAGGACGAUGUUCUUGUCUUCCAAGAUAGUGGACAAGGUCGCCGACGAAAUGGAUGAUGACAUGCAAAAGAUCGACCAGGCCGCCCUGGAUGGCGUCAAGGUUACCAUCAGCCCCGCCAUGUCGUCCAAAGGGGAGGAGCUGCACCGCGGUGUCCAUGUCGCCUAGUAAGAAUCUGUCAAGACUACGUGCAACACGCGAUUCACUCACGGGUUGUUUUCGGCGUGGUCUGUAGCACCACCCACCGAUCACAACACAACCCAAAUCCAUGCUGAUAUGAUGAGACGUGCGAGCGUGGAAGCAGAUGCGCUACCAAAUAGUCUGUGGCUCUUGCGAGCGUCGACCGACUUCGAGCUGCUACCGAAAGUUACUCGAGACUACCAAAACGCUCAAUAAUAGAUACGACUGUAUCUAAUGGGUAGACGACAACUAAAUCUGGUGUUGUCUGGCGGUGUUGGCCUGAAGGAGGCGGGCACCAUCACCACCGAUCGAUGUGGUCCUUGUAGAACGGUGUCAAGAAACGUCGCAAGUACGAGAGCAACAACAGCUGCAACAAGGGCAUCACGUAGUACACAAGGUCGUACCUGAUGUAUUUCCUGCAAUAAUGCCUUGUACCAUAAACUAGUUAUACAUGGAUGAGGGGUUGGUGUGGUCGGGCGGGGGUGUUACAGUCGCAACAGGCUUGCAGCCAAAAAUGUUCGCGCGUUUUCGUGAAGAAUGCCAGUGACAGAGGUGAAGGAGGGCGAGAUCGAGGGGGCGGGGUUUUGGGGGAGGGGUGGGGGUGACGUGAAGACCGCCUUCUUGGCCCAAAUUUUUUGGGGGGUACACUAGUCUAUGACGAAAUCGUGAGGUGGUCGUCUGAGCUACGGAUGGCCCCCGCACUUAAGACCCCCUACUUUCGACCGACGCCGGAGUUCUCAGCUCUUGUUGUUGUGGACUGCAAAUGGCCGUUAUAUUGAGGUUUUAGUGGGGGAGUUCUUCCUGGGCUCACAAAUGGUGACUCGUGUUGCUAAUUACCUUUGAUACGACUGAGGAUGAAGCUGCCAAGUCUGAAGCCGAGCGCUAUCUGCACUGGCUGCCGUACAUUAGUCAGGAGUUCGACUGAUGUGCGCCGUUGUUUCAAUGUGAACGUGUGUCGAUCGCGAUUUCACACCGGCUCCUUCAAGAAUAAACAGCUAGCUGUAACAAGAAGAAUAAAAAGAGGGAUAUCAGUAUGUACUACGGUAUGGAGGAUGGUGCGAAGAACGUAGAAUCGAUAAACAAACGUGCUCAGAAAACAUGGUCGAAAGUUGGCAGGACUCCUAUCUGUAAUAUGGUAGACGGCAUGGUCCAAAACUGUCCCAUUUGUACAGUACGGUUUUCGGGGGGGAAGGCGUCUUGGACGGUAUUUUUCUACGCGUG